AUGUGCCACACAAACCACUCAACACCUUUCUCUUCUGAUACAGAAAGCAAAAGAAAAACAAAUAAAAAUAAAAAUCUCUCCUCUUUCAUAGUUUCAUUACAUUAAAUUCCUUCCUCUCUUUUAUCUUCUUUUUUUUCUUGUCUUAAACCCAAAGUGAUGGUCUGAUUGUUUUUCUCUCUUGGGAUUCUUGGGUUUUUCUUUUAAUAUCUUCAUGGGGAGGAACUAGUGGAAAGUAGAGACCUUUUUUUUAAUCUAUCUAAUGAUGGAAUGCUUUUUUUGGGUUAUUUGUCUCCUGAGAUGGAGAGCAAAAGACUGUGUAAAACAUCAUUUCAAGACUCAGUUAUUUGAGGAUGCAAGAUUUGAUAUCAAUUAAUGUAUCUGUUCAAUUUUUACGAGGAAAAAAUGUUGGUAGGAGAUUUUGAUAUGAAUUCAAUGCCACGAGACGCUGAUUCACUUAAAGAUGUUUUCAAGCAGACCAUGCUUGAUCAAGAGAUCAUAUUCAGAAAGCAGGUCUGUGAGCUCCAUCGUUUGUAUAGUGUUCAGAAGACUCUAAUGAAGGAUCUUACACCACCGGAGCUUGAAAAGUACAAUUCAUGGAAAGCAAAUCUACAAUCUUUUCCCCAAGAAACAAGAUUGCCAACAAAUUCAAUUCCCAUGUUGGACUCGGGGGUAUCUUCAAGUCUGGAGUUGUUAGAAGGGUGGAAGGACAAUAGCUAUAAGUAUCAGCCUAGGCCUUUUGAUCUUCAACUUGUGCCUGAUCGGUAUAUUCGCCUUGGAGAUAAUAAUAACCUUCCAAAAAAAGUAAAGGUUGGAGAUCACUUACAAGAAACAUUGGGUGUAAAUUCUGUCCAUGAUGGUGGUUUCUCGGAUCCACUGGAGUUGAGGCUUUCUCUAAGUCUAGGAGUGGCCAAGGGGAAAAAGGAAGAUAAACAGAGAAGCAGGUGUGACCAGAAAACUAAUACCUUCUCUAGAAUUGUGAUUGAUCUGGAAGAAUCUACCGAGAGGACCUCAGAUGAGGAUGCAAAACACUCACCUUUUGAUUUUGCUGCUAAAGUUACUUAUCCUGGAGGAAAGCAUGAUUCACAAGUUGCAAUAAAUUCUAAUCCAAUCACUUCAGAAUGCAUGAAGAAAGAUUUAUCUUAUAAGAUAGCUGAGACUAGCUCCUUUGUCGGGGAUAGAAACUGCCAAGAUUGGAGUGAUUCUGAUCAAGGAUUAAAAUGCCACAAAAAUAUGCUACACAAAAACCUUUUGGCCAGGAAGCAACAGUUCACUUCAUGUGGAAUGGGAAAUGUGGACCUUAAUGAAGUUCAGCUUGAUGAUUUGUCUUGUGAGUCUGAUGAUGCCAUAGUGGUCAAUCCUUUAAUGACUAGCUCGUCAUGUGGUUUUAGUGGACUGGUUAGCAAGAAUCAUGAAACCUUGUGUCCAAUUAUACUUCGGGGAAAAGAAAUUAAGGAGUUCCCCAAUGGCACUUCUGAGAUGAUUCAACAAGAAGAUGGUGUAAAACUUGAUUUAAUUAAUUCCAAUAACAAAGACAGGAGAACAGAAGUUCAAGUCAGAAAUUCUGUACAUAGUGGAACGAAUGAACGUGGAAUCAGUCUUAAUAAUCCUGCAUCUGAAUCCAGCCCCCGAAUAAACAUGCCCGAGUACUGUAGCAGCCAUGGUGGAAUCACGAAGAAUGGAAGGGAUGAGCUGAUACUGAAACUACAAAAUGGUUCUGCUCAUGGUCUGAACUCAGCAUGUUUAGUUGCUAAACAAUUUGGUUGUGAGAAGACUGAAGAAGAGGAGAAUGUGUCGAUAUAUUCUGAUAAAGUCCAAAUUACUAUUGAAGAUGAACAUCAUGAUGUGUCUCCUCACUCAUGGAAGUCUAGUUGCAUUUCAGAUAAUGAUUCUAGUCCUAUAAGGACUAUGGAAUCUGGAAUUCAAUCCUGUAAUUCAAAUAUUCCUGCUUCUGAUCAAUUUUCGGAAACCCAUGGGAGACCUAAAGUUGCAGAAACUUUAUCAGGUGAGCAGGAUCAAAGAUCUUCUGGCAGUAAUGAAAUGAAACAUGAGUGUUACUAUAAAUGGGAAGAGUCAGCCGAAGUGGAUGAUUUGAUCCAUAUAGCAGCUGAAUCACUUAUCCAUAUCUCCUUGGAGAACUCAGCUUGCUAUCAGGAAUCUUCAACCCAGGCAGCAUCGAAUGAGUUAGAGAAUGAGGUCAAGGAGCAGCCACAACGGUCCAUUGAUUCUUUUGAGUUAAUGACUUUGGAACAGGCAGAAACUGGUGCUGAUGAAUAUUCUGUAACAUCGAAGCCAUUUGAAGUAAGUGAUGGACAGACAAAAGAUUUUGGUAUCAAGUUGAGAAGAGGAAGGAGACUAAAGGAUUUUCAAAAGGACAUUCUUCCGGGCCUCGCAUCUCUUUCUAGACAUGAAAUUUGUGAAGAUAAAAACAUUCUUGAGGGAGUUUUAAGAUCCAGGGAGUACAAGAAAAUGAGAGCCAAGAUGGCUAUUGGAGAGAACUGGUGCACACCGGUGAGAAGUAAACAGUCAAGGCUCAAUUAUGUUGGAAGAAAAACUUUUAGAUAAUAUUCUAGUUCACGUUGGAAACUUAAUCAGAUUUUUAACGUAAAUGUAUUGUGUUAUCCAAUACCUGUUAACUGCAAAUAAUCUUUAACUAUUUUCUGAUAUAUGAUUCGACCUUUCAAUUGGUA